AUGCUGGCUCGAGGCGGGACGAAGGCGCUGGGCAGAUUCUCCUCAUCAACCCAAUGGCUACCUGCUGCGUCGAGAGUGAGCAUCUCACCGAGCCAAAAGCGCGACCUUUCGAUCUCUGAGCUGGAUGCCGCGAGGAAAGGACGGGAGAGAGUUGUGGUGUUGGGAUCAGGAUGGGGAGGCUUCAGAUUCUCGAGAGAUCUGGAUCCGAGAAAGUACCAGAUCGUGGUCGUGUCGCCGAGGAGUUACUUUGUGUUUACGCCUUUGCUUGCUGGGACUUCGGUGGGUACGCUCGAGUUUAGGACGGUGUUGGAGCCUGUGAGGCAUUAUCGAGGGAGAGGAGUUGGGGCCGAGUUCUUUCAGGGAUGGGCGGACGAGGUCGAUUUCGAGAAGAAGACUUUAACGGUCGAAGAGUCUGUCGAAGACCCGUUACAAAGCCGAUCGCUCGCCACGGACAGGCAUGCCAACGAGACGUCGCAACAACGGCAGGAGCAGAAGCAGGUCGCGGCAAAGAAGGGGGAGCUUUUUAGCAUGUCAUAUGGUAAGCUUGUGAUAGCUGUUGGAUGCUAUGCUCAGACGUUCAACACAAAGGGCGUCAAGGAGAACGCAUACUUUCUGAAAGAUGUGGGAGAUGCAAGGAAGAUACGGAACAGGUUACUGUCUUGCUUUGAGGAGGCAGCUCUCCCGACAACGACAGAAGAGAUGAAAAAGGUGUAUCUCAAUUUUGCCGUCGUUGGAGGCGGUCCAACAGGCAUCGAAUGGUCGGCGGAGCUGUACGACAUGGUCUACGAGGAUAUGAAGAGGCUUUACCCGGAGUUGAUCAAAUACGUCAAGAUCACGGUGUACGAUGUGGCUCCCACAGUCCUGAGCAUGUUCGACGAGAGCUUGGGCAAGUACGCCAUGAAGACGUUCCGCCGCAAUGGCAUCGAAAUCAAGACUAGUCACCACGUCGAGGAGCUUCGACCCGGUCUUCCAUCGGCAUAUGAAGCGCCGCAGGGAACCAAAGGAGGCCAAUCGCUCUAUACUCUGAAGACGAAAGAAGACGGGGAAAUGGGCGUAGCCAUGGUUGUUUGGUCCACCGGACUAAUGAUGAACCCAUUCGUAGCAAACACUCUCAGGGACAGAGUCAAACGCCACGAGAAGACCGGCGGCGUCAUCACCAACGCGAAAUUCCAAGUCGAAAACACCCAAGGCAACCCCAUCCAGGACGUCUAUGCCAUCGGCGACUGCGCAACCAUCGAAGGCACCGCAUACCCAGCGACAGCCCAAGUCGCGUCCCAAAAAGCCGGCUGGCUAGCCAAGCGUCUCAACAAAGGCGAUAUUACGUCCAAGGACUUCCAGUACAAGGAUCUCGGGGUGAUGGCUUACAUUGGAAAUCGAAAAGCCAUUGCCCAGACCGCUGGAGGCGAUAUCUCGGGGUGGAUGGCUUGGGUUAUCUGGCGAGGCGCGUAUGUGACCAAGACGAUUUCGUGGCGGAACAAGAUUUUGAUCCCAAUCUACUGGAGCAUCAACUGGUUGUUCGGGCGGGAUAUCUCGAGGUUUUGA